ACUUACAGAUACAGGGAGCAUCCUCUAAAGAGUGACUGUGAGGAGGACACUGAGCUGCCUGCUUGCAUUCAAGUCAGGCAACAGGCUAAAAGCAAAACACAGGCCCCUCUGCUGGAGGAGCCUCUCAGCUGCCUCCAAGACAUGGACUUCACAAAUGAAAUGGAGAUACAGCUCGAGAUUUUCCCCCCCGUCGGCCUUUCAGACAUUGAGCUAGUGGAGAUAAAGUCAGAUGAUCCUUCAGUCGUGACCUCGCCAUCCUACAGCAAAGCUACUCAUUUAAAGUGGAAAAGAAUGAUUCCAAAGAGAGGACUGGUGGUUAAAGAUGUGAUCUGUCUACCCAAAGGACACUACACGGCACAGCUGGAGAGACAAAUUUCCCCAAACAAAAAUAAACAAGUGGCUGAGGCCUUGGGACUGACCGCUCGCAUCACCAUUGACUAUAACUGGUCAGCCAGUCAGUUGGAGAGUCGACUGGGGUUGCUGUUCCAGGGCCGGUUUCAGAGGAAACCUGGACAGAGGUUUUCUUUCACAUAUUUACAGUGUGUGCAAGGCUCCAGAGUACUUUUUGUCCCAGAUACCCCAUUGGAUGGCUGGACCAGCGAGCAGGUACUCAGGAUCACUGGACAUGGUCCUUUGUAUAUCCUCAGCCAUCACGACUACCCACAGCUCACACUCAACCUGGACACAGUCCUCAGUUUGUUCAGACAGGAGAACAUAGACGUAGUAGGAAAAACCCAUAUCCAGGUGACGAGGGAAGAUGCACUCCACUGUGCUCUGAAAGCAGUGAGGAAGCCAGGCUUCUGCUACAAAUCGACACCUAUCAUUUCAUUCAGUGACGAUGAAACCAGCAGCCAUGAGGAACCUCUGAGGGAGUUUUUCAGGUUGACUAUGCUAGGGAUUCAGCAAAGUUGUGUGUUUGAGGGUCGCCCAGGACGCCUCUUCUUGACCUACAACCUCACAGCGCUUGAAGACAGGAAGUAUUACGAAGCAGGGAUUCUUAUUGGCUGGUCAUUGUCUCAUGGUGGGCCCGGGCCUUGUUGUCUACAUCCUGCUCUCUACCAGCUUAUGUGUUGCCAGAAUCCAAUCUUGGAAAACUUUAACUGGAUGGAUAUAGCUGAUACUGAAGCACAAAUGCGAUUGCAAGAGCUGCAGUGUUGUCAUGAUGUGAAACUGCUUCCUCCAAACUUCUGUAACUGGGUUUCAUGUUGCGGAAUACCUGGAAUCCACUCAGCCCAGUCAAAUGAAAUACCAGCCAUUUAUGCUCGCCUAGUAAAACACUACAUCUACCACAGGGUGGCCAGUAUGAUCUCCCAGUUCAUUGAGGGGCUGAACAGCUGUGGUGGUUUGUGGCAUCUGGUGAAAUCCCACUGGGAGAUGUUUUUACCUGUAAUGACGAGCACACAGCAGAAAGUGCUCACCAUGGAGGAGUUCAAACAGCUCUUCACUGUCUGCUACUGCCAUGCAGACUCACAGCUGAGGACAGCUGAGGAGGUCACAGUCACACACUGGGAAACGGUGCUCUCCAUGGUCAACGAUGGUCGGACAGAUUUUUCAUUAGAAGAUCUCCUCGUCUUCAUCACAGGAGCUGACCAUCUUCCUCCUCUUGGGUUGCACAAAAGAGUCUCUCUUCUAUUUUACUGCCAG